GGAGGACGGACAGCGCAUCGGCGUGCGACCGGGUAGUUAGUAUACCCGCGAGAAAUCCGGGUAUGGGUGGCAGUGAGUCGUCAGCGUACCGUUUCAGACCCGCUUACGAGCAUUGCAUGUUUGACAGUCGAAGCCCUAGCAUGUUGCGUCAAGCGGACUAUCAACGCGUUCUCGUGGCAGAAGCACGCCGACUCGGGGUUAACAUCAACCUUGGCUAGCAUAUGAGCGGCGUGGAUUGCAACGAUGUGCGAACGGUCAUC